GCUGUUCCACCACCAAACUUUGAGAUGCCAGUUUCUAUCCCAGUUUCCAACCACAACAGUUUGGUAUACAGUAACCCAGUCAGCUCACUGGGAAACCCCAACCUUUUGCCGCUGGCUCAUCCUUCUUUGCAAAGAAAUAGCAUGUCUCCUGGCGUGACACAUCGGCCUCCAAGUGCAGGUAACACAGGUGGUCUGAUGGGUGGGGACCUUGCAACCGGUGCAGGCACCAGUGCAGGAAAUGGAUAUGGCAACCCUCGCAACUCACCAGGUCUGCUGGUCUCACCUGGCAACUUGAACAAGAAUAUGCAAGCAAAAUCUCCGCCUCCAAUGAAUUUGGGAAUGAACAACCGUAAACCAGAUCUCCGUGUGCUUAUUCCACCUGGCAGCAAGAAUACGAUGCCAUCAGUGUCUGAGGAUGUUGAUCUGCUUCUGAAUCAGAGGAUAAAUAACUCCCAGUCUGCUCAGUCAUUGGCUACUCCAGUGGUUUCCGUAGCAACUCCUACUCUACCAGGGCAAGGGAUGGGAGGAUACCCAUCAGCCAUCUCAACAACAUAUGGUACUGAAUAUUCUCUGAGUAGUGCAGAUAUAUCAUCUCUCUCUGGGUUUAAUACAGCCAGUGCGCUUCAUCUUGGUUCUGUGACUGGCUGGCAACAGCAACACCUACAUAACAUGCCACCAUCUGCCCUCAGUCAAUUGGGAGCUUGCACUAGCACUCAUUUAUCUCAGAGUACAAAUCUCUCCCUGCCUUCUACUCAAAGCCUCAACAUCAAGUCAGAACCUGUUUCUCCUCCUAGAGACCGUACCACCACACCCUCGAGAUACCCACAGCACACGCGCCAUGAGGCGGGGAGAUCUCCUGUUGACAGUUUGAGCAGCUGUAGCAGUUCCUACGAUGGAAGUGACCGAGAAGAUCACCGGAAUGAAUUCCACUCCCCCAUUGGACUCACCAGACCUUCGCCGGACGAAAGGGAAAGCCCCUCUGUCAAGCGCAUGCGGCUCUCUGAAGGAUGGGCAACAUGAUAACAUUAUUACCUAUUAGUUGUUUUUUUUUUUUCUUGCAGUGUGUGUGUGCUAUACCUUAAUGGGGGAGGGGGGGUCGAUAUGCAUUAUAUGUGCCGUGUGUGGAAAAAAAAAAAAAAGUCAGGUACUCUGUUUUGUAAAAGUACUUUUAAAUUGCCUCAGUGAUACAGUAUAAGGAUAAACAGAAAUGCUGAGAUAAGCUUAGCACUUGAGUUGUACAACAGAACACUUGUACAAAAUAGAUUUUAAGGCUAACUUCUUUUCACUGUUGUGCUCCCUUGCAAAAUGUAUGUUACAAUAGAUAGUGUCAUGUUGCAGGUUCAACGUUAUUUACAUGUAAAUAGACAAAAGGAAAACAUUUGCUAGAAAUGGCAGAUCUUUACUGAGAGAGAAAGCAGCUGUUAUGCAACAUAUAGAAAAUGUACAGAUAUUUUGACAGACCCAGUGGUUGGGUGGCCAUGAAAUGAUGCUAGAAAGAGACUGGGUCACCUGACAUAACAAAAAUGCUCACAGACAUGGAGGCAUAUCAUUAAGAGUAUGGCACUCAGUUAAAAAGGAUCAAAACAUUUAAAGAGGACCAUACUUGUAAAAAUGUCAAUUUUGAGGGCUAACAUAUUUAAUUUUAAAAAUUCUGGGUCUGCAUCACUUAUUAGAUUAAAAAAAUAUAAAAAUAUGUACAUCACAUUUUGCUUAUUUUCAUAUUAAAAAGUAAGACAGAGUUUGCAAAGCAUUUGUGGCUUUUGUAGUUUCCUUAAGCCAAAAUGUGUUCUUUUUUCCUUGAUAGCUUCGCUAAUCUUUUAAGCAGUCCUGAAGAAACAAACAGAAAGGACUUUUUGUAUAGAAAGCACUACCCUAAGCCAUGAAGAACUCCAUGCUUUGCUAACCAAGAUAAUUGUUUUCUCUUUGCAGAAGUUUUGUUUUUUGAAAUGUGUAUUUCUAAUUAUAUAAAAUAUUAAGAAUCUUUUUAAAAAAAUCUGUGAAAUUAACAUGCUUGUGUAUAGCUUUCUAAUAUAUAUUAUAAUUAUGGUAAUAGCAAAAGUUUUUGUUAUCUUAAUAGUGGGGAAUUAUAUUUGUGCAGUUGCACAUUUAACUAUUUUCUUUCAGUUUUCUUUUACUGGGUAUACAUUUUACAGAUCAAAGUCAGCUGUUGAAAGACUGAUCUGUAAAAAGUCAGAAUUUACCCAUGGUGUAACAGCUUAAAUCAUUUUAAUACAGCAUUU